UCUUGGAUGUCCAAAAUGAAUAUAAUGCUGUAAUAGGACGAACUGCACUUUAUAAACUCCGUGCUGCUGUGUCAAUUUUUCAUUAUGCCCUGAAGUUCCCCACCAUUGAAGGAGAAGGCACUCAUUACGGAGAUCAACGAGAAGCCCGAUGUCUGAUGCUGCUCUCAACCUCGCCUAAUUUUCAUAUGAUUGAAGAACAAGAUGUUAAUAACUUUGUUGAGCCGAGUAAUUCAAUUCCUCGUGUUGAAGAAACUGAUCAGUUCACCCCGGAUACCGACAUGCCUCAAGCAGAUAUCAACUUGCCGCUUGUCGAUAUCGACGUCCCUAUGACGUCGGUCUUGCCUGAAACAUUAACUGGAAUCCUCGAUCAAGAACAAUCUUUUCAUGAAAAAGGCAUAGAAAUGCAUGAGGAUAUGGACCCAAGGAUGCAGUUCAAAGAUGGAAGUCAUCAUGUCCGAGCAGAACCUGUUGAAGAUAUCGAGAUCAUUUACGUAGACGAGUCAGAUCAGCGGAAAUCACUACGUAUUGGGGCCAAUUUACAAGAACCCAUUCGGUCAGAUUUGAUUCAAUUCCUCCAGUCAAACACUGAUGUGUUCGCUUGGAAACAUGAAGACAUGAAAGGAAUCGACCCACAGAAAGCCUGCCAUCGUCUUAAUUUGGACAAGACUGUUAAACCGGUUAUUCAGAAACGUCGGAAAUUCGGCCCAGAUCGCCAGAAGGCCCUUGAAGAAGAAGUAAACAAGCUCAUAGAUAAUAAAUUUGUUAAAGAAGCCAAGUACCCGACGUGGAUAUCGAAUCCUGUUUUGGUUAAGAAAGCCACCGGCCUUUGGCGUCUCUGUAUAGAUUUUUCAGACUUGAAUCAAGCGUGCCCGAAAGAUAGCUACCCCAUUCCACACAUUGAUUACAUGGUAGACGCUACGUCGGGACACCAACUUAUGAGUUUUCUGGAUGCCUAUUCAGGCUAUAAUCAGAUUCCCAUGCACCCUGACGACGCUGAGCAUACUUCAUUUUAUUCAGCUCGGGGCCUUUAUUGCUACGUUAUGAUGACUUUUGGAUUGAAGAAUGCAGGGGCCACAUAUCAGAGAUUGGUCAAUAAGAUGUUUGCUCAUUUAAUUGGCCAUACAAUGGAAGUUUAUGUAGACGACAUGUUAGUAAAGUCGGAACAGGCCUCUGACCAUAUUGUUCAUCUCUCCGAAGUCUUCGAUAUACUCCGAGAAUAUUCUAUGGUGCUUAAUACCAAGAAGUGUACUUUCGGAGUUGGAUCAGGAAAGUUUCUAGGAUACAUGGUGAGUCAAAGAGGGAUCGAAGCCAAUCCCGCCAAAAUUCAAGCCAUACUUGACCUAGCUCCUCCGACAUCUCUCAAAGGUGUCCAAGCUUUAACUGGUCGACUGGCAGCCCUUAAUCGGUUCAUCUCAAAAUCUACAGAUCAUUGCAAACCGUUCUUUGACGCUAUCAAAAAGAAGAAACCAUUUGAAUGGACCACGGAAUGCCAGAAUGCUUUUGACAACAUUAAAGAAGUCCUAUUACAAUUACCGACGUUACAGAAGCCACUUCCUGAUGAACCUCUCUAUUUGUACCUUGGUGUAAGUGACGUUGCUAUUAGUGUUGUUCUUAUACGACAUGAUGGACUUCAACAGUUUCCGGUAUAUUAUGUUAGCAAGGCUUUACAUGACGCUGAAUUGCGAUAUCUACAUAUGGAGAAGUUGGCCUAUGCUCUGGUCAUUGCUGCACGGAAGCUGCGCCCAUAUUUUUUGGAACAUUCAAUUGUUGUGUUUACGACAUACCCUCUCCGACAAGUCCUUCACCGACCUGACACGUCGGGAAGAAUGAUUAAAUGGGCAAUAGAAUUGGGGCAAUUUGAUAUCCAGUAUCGGCCGCGAACCGCUAUCAAAGCCCAAGUACUAUCUGAUUUCAUUGCUCAAUUUACUCCCACUGUUGGCUUAUCCAUUGAAGAUCCGACAUGGACUCUCUACAUUGACGGAUCGUCCAUCGCUAUACGAGCUGGAGGAGGGAUCGUUUUGGUUAGUCCUGAUCAACAAGUGUUUUGUUAUUCUGUGGCAUUUACUUUCUCGGCCACCAACAAUGAAGCCGAGUACGAGGCCCUCUUAUCAGGUUUACACUUUGCCGAAUCCAUGAAUGUUUCCUCUCUCCGGAUAUUUUCCGACUCUCAGUUGCUGGUCA